AUUUGUUUCAGGGUUUCGACGCGGUAAAUUAAAUGUGGCGGAUCAAGUGUUUCGACUGAAGUUACUUGAUUGGAAUUUCUAGCCUCUUCGAGAAGUACGCUUGAAGGAUUGAUUUAGUAAAGAUGGAAACCUAUGAUGUGAAAUCAAGCCAGUGUCAUGUUGGGAUUUUGUUCUGCAGUGAAUGCAACAACAUGUUGUAUCCUAAAGAGGAUAAGCGUACAAAAACAUUAUACUACGCAUGUCGUAACUGUGAUUAUUCCCAGGAAGCAGACAAUCCCUGUGUUUAUAUCAACAAACUGGAACAGGAAGUUGAUGAAUUGGCUUUAAUUGUACCGGAUGUUGUUCAUGAUCCAACACUGCCUCGAACAGAAGAUCAUAUAUGUCGUCGAUGCGGUAAACAAGAAGCUGUAUUUUUUCAAUCACAGACAUUGAAGGCGGAAGAAAAUAUGCGUUUAUAUUAUGUUUGUACCAAUGUUGAAUGUUUACAUAAAUGGACUGAAUAGAUAAUGUACAUAUAUAUAUAUGCUAUGAAAGGAAGUCCUGAAUAAGAACUAAACUUGUAAGAUAAGUAUUACGAAAGUUUUGAAUUUGAGUCAUUUACAUAGAACUUUACUUAUGUUCUUAUUGAUGGGCACCUACCUAACACGGAAGAUUCUCAAUUUAUUGGCGUGUUUUGAU